AUGUCAGUACAAUCUAAUCCAUACGGUCCUCACCCUGCUGAUUUCUUAUCCAACGUAAACAAAUUCGAAGUUAUCGAAUCCACUUUGAGAGAAGGUGAACAAUUCGCCAAUGCCUUCUUCACCACUGAAAAGAAGAUUGAAAUUGCCAAGGCUUUGGAUGAUUUCGGGGUUGAUUACAUUGAAUUGACUUCCCCUGUUGCUUCUGAACAAUCCCGUCGUGAUUGUGAAGCCAUUUGUAAAUUAGGUUUAAAGGCUAAGAUCUUGACCCACAUCAGAUGUCACAUGGACGAUGCUAGAGUCGCGGUAGAGACCGGUGUUGACGGGGUUGAUGUUGUUAUUGGUACUUCUCAAUUCUUGAGAAAAUUCUCCCAUGGUAAAGAUAUGAACUAUAUUGCUCAAAGUGCCAUUGAAGUCAUUGAAUUUGUCAAAUCCAAGGGUAUUGAAAUCAGAUUUUCUUCUGAAGACUCCUUUAGAUCUGAUAUUGUUGACUUGUUAAACAUUUACAGAACAGUCGACAAGAUUGGUGUCAACAGAGUUGGUAUUGCUGAUACUGUCGGUUGUGCUAACCCAAGACAAGUUUAUGAAUUAGUCAAGACCUUAAAGUCGGUUGUUUCUUGUGAUAUCGAAUGUCAUUUCCAUAAUGAUACUGGUUGUGCCAUUGCCAAUGCUUAUACUGCUUUAGAAGCCGGUGCUAAAUUGAUUGAUGUUUCCGUAUUGGGAAUUGGUGAACGUAAUGGUAUCACCCCAUUGGGUGCCCUUAUGGCCAGAAUGAUCACUGCUGAUCGUGAUUAUGUCUUGUCUAAAUAUAAAUUACACAAGUUGAGAGAUUUGGAAAACUUGGUGGCUGAUGCUGUUCAAGUUAACAUUCCAUUCAACAACCCAAUCACUGGGUUCUGUGCUUUUACCCACAAGGCUGGUAUUCACGCCAAGGCUAUUCUUGCUAACCCAUCCACUUAUGAAAUCUUGAAUCCAAGUGAUUUCGGUUUAACUAGAUAUAUCCAUUUUGCCAACAGGUUGACUGGGUGGAAUGCCAUUAAAUCUAGAGUUGAUCAAUUGAAUUUGCAUUUGACUGAUGAUCAAUGUAAGGAAGUCACAGCUAAGAUUAAACUUUUGGGUGAUGUUAGACAAUUGAAUAUCGAUGAUGUUGACUCCAUAAUUAAGGAUUUCCAUGCUGAACAAACCAAUGGUGAGUCAGCUGAAGAACAAGAUGCCAAGAGACAAAAGACUGAAUAA